AUGGGUAGCAUGGUGCGGCUCCUUGCCGCUGCUGGGCUCGCGGCCCUGUGCUGCUUGGGCUGCGCGAUCUCCUCCGGCGACGGCCAGCCCGACUACCGCGCCGCGCUGGCCAACUCGCUGCUCUACUUCGAGGGGCAGCGCUCCGGCAGGCUGCCGGUCAGCCAGCGCGUCCAGUGGCGCGGCGACUCCGCGCUCGCCGACGGCCGCGACCACGGCGUGGACCUCACCGGCGGCUACUACGACUCCGGCGACAACGUCAAGUUCGGGCUCCCGAUGGCGUUCACCGUCACGAUGCUGGCGUGGGGCGUGGUCGAGCACGCGCGGCCGCUGGAGGCGGCGGGGGAGCUCCGGAACGCGCUGGCCGCCGUGCGCUGGGGCGCGGACUACCUGGCCCGGGCGCACGCCGCCGAGGAGACCCUGUACGUGCAGGUCGGCGACGGCGACUCCGACCACUCCUGCUGGCAGCGCCCCGAGGACAUGGACACGCCGCGGACGGCCUACAGCGUCGACGCCUCCCGCCCGGGCUCCGACGUCGCCGCCGAGACGGCCGCCGCGCUGGCCGCUUCCGCCGUCGCGUUCCGGCGGCUCGACGCCGGCUACAGCGCGGCGCUCCUCGGGCACGCGGAGCAGCUGUUCCGUUUCGCCAAGAACCGCCGUGGCCUCUACCAUAACAGCGUGCCGGGGGCCGGAGAAUUCUAUCCUAGCAGCGGCGACGAGGACGAGCUGAUCUGGGCGGCAGUCUGGCUCUUCGUCGCCACCGGCCGUGAGGACUACAAGGCCUUCAUCGCCGGCGACGGCAACGGCGGCGGGGUGCAGUCAACGCUCUCGUGGGACAAGAAGUUCGUCGGCGCCCAGGCACUGGUCGCCAAGCUAAUCCUCCAAGGGAAGCUGCCUGACGCCGGCAACCCGGCGGCGAUGAAGAGGAGCCUGGAGCAGUUCCUCUGCAACCUGGUGCAGCAUGGCGGCGACGCCGAGCGGAGCCCCGGCGGCAUGCUCUGGGUGCAGCCGUGGAACAACAUGCAGUACGUCACGUCGGCGGCGUUCGUCGCCGCCGCGCACGCCGACCACCUGGCGGGCGCCUCGCUCCGGUGCGGCGGUGCGGCGCAGCUCCUCUCGUUCGCGCGGUCGCAGGUGGACUACAUCCUCGGCGUCAACCCCGGGCGGAUGAGCUACAUGGUCGGGUACGGGCCGAGGUUCCCGGCGCAGGUGCACCACCGCGGCGCGUCGGUGCCGUCCAUCAAGUACAGCCCCGGCAAGAUCACCUGCAAGGGCGGGUUCGACUACUUCAGCAAGAGCACGCCCAACCCCAACGUGCUCGUCGGCGCCAUCGUCGGAGGGCCCGACGGGAAUGACCACUACAACGAUUCCCGGCAGAAUUUCAAGCAGGCCGAGCCGUCCACCGUCACCGUCGCACCCAUCGUCGGAGUGCUUGCGAGGCUUUUGCACAACUGA